AAUAAAACCCUCUCUCUCCUUUGCUCUCGUUCUCUUUCACAUUUUCCAGAGCGGCGAUAGAAAAACCCUAAUCCAGGAGUAAGUAGAUCGAAGAAGAAGAAGAAGAUGGUUCAGAGGCUUAUUUACCGAUCAAGACACAGUUAUGCCACCAAAUCCAACCAAAACAGGGUUGUCAAAACCCCUGGUGGAAACAAUGUUUACCAGAGGACUAAGAAGAGGGCAAGUGGACCUAAGUGCCCUGUUACUGGAAAGAGAAUCCAAGGGAUUCCUCACUUGAGGCCUGCAGAGUACAAGAGGAGUAGGCUCUCCAGGAAUAGAAGGACUGUCAACCGUGCUUAUGGUGGAGUUUUAUCUGGAAGCGCAGUCAGAGAAAGGAUUAUCCGUGCUUUCUUGGUUGAGGAGCAGAAGAUUGUCAAGAAGGUUUUGAAGAUCCAGAAACAGAAGGAGAAGGUUGCUGGAAAGAGCUAGAUUUGUGAGAACUUUUUCGGAGUUAUAUUAGCUGAAAGAAAUUUCAGACUUUCAAGUAGAUUAUGAUGAUGAUGAUUUGUGACAGAAAUAUGGGUUUAAAAUGUUGGUACCUUUUCAAUAGUAUUUUCAGUUUUCUUUUUGAGUUUUAAUUCCAAAUACUUCUGAGCUCUUCUAUCAUUAAUAUCUAUGACAAAUCCAUCAUCAGGAUUACGACUAUUCAGCUACUCAUUUAGCUGGCUUUGUGUUGG